AUGCGGUCUUUCUUGUCUCUUUUUUCUUUCCUGCCUCUGCCUAUUGGCAACAGCAAACGCAGGAGACUCAUAGCUGCUGCUGCUGCUGCUGCUGCUGCAGCAAGCUGCUGCGUCCUCGCUGCUGCUCCCGCCCACCUCCAGGGGGCCCCAGCGGACCAGGGGGGCCCUCCCGCUGCUGCUGCACUUGCUGCAGCAGCUCACGAAACCAGGGCCCCCUCUCUGGGGGCCGAAGAGGCCCUUGUGCUUGGAGACGCCUCUUCGGAUGGGGGCCCCCCUAAUAGCCGGGACCCCCCGGAUUUGGGGGCCCCCCAUGAUUGGGGGGCUCCCAACGGUUGGGGGGCCCCCAGUGAUUGGGAAGGCCACAACUGGGGGGCCCCCAACGAGUUGGAGGCCCCUAAUGAUUUUGGGGGAUCUUCGGGGGCCCCCAGGGACCUGGAAGACCCCACCGGGUGGGAGCCUCAUGAAAUUCCGACUCCGUCUUCAGCUGCUGCUGCUGCUGCUGCUGCCGUGUCAGCAGCAACCGAAUCAGCGGGAGCGCCCUCGGAAGCAGGCGCAGCAGCGACGGAAGCAGCGGCCGCAGAAGAAGCGACAGCAGCACAGAGGACAGCAGCAGCAGAACAGACAGCAGCAGUAGAAGCAGCAGGGGACGGCGGGUCGACUGAUGCAGAAGCAGCAGGAGCAGCAGCAGCAGCAGUGGGAGCAGCAGAAGCCGAGGAGCCGUGUCCGUUCCUGAGCGCGUUUUUCGCGGCGCAGUCGCCGCCGACAGCAGCAGCGGCGGCGGCAGCAGCAGCAGCAGCAGCAGCAGCAGCAGCAGCAGCAGCAGGGGUCCCGCUGCUGGACGCAGAAGUGCCGCCUUCCUCCUGCUGGGUGUCGGCAGAGAAGGAACGCAUGCGGCUGGCAGCAGCGCAGCAAACUACGAAGCUGGUGUUGGCUUAUUCUUUAGAAGGGUGUCAGGUGGCAGCAGCAGCAGCAGACGGCGCUGCUGCAGCAGCAGAAGAAGUGGAGGUGCUGCACGGCCAAGAAGCCAGGUCAACAGCAGUUGCUGCACUAAAGUUCAAAGUGUCGCAGCUGCUGCGGCAGAAGCAGCUGAAGCACACGGAGGCGCUGCUGAGCACGGACUUGAUGCGGGCCGCAGCAGCAGUAGACCCUGCUGCUGCUGCUGCUGCUGCUGCUGUCAGCCCCGACGUCUCCGGCAUGGAAACUCGAUAUCUCUCAGCUUUGGAAAUGGAAAUAAUUACAAAACUUCCCGAAGGAGUUUCUCCAAACGAAGUCCUCAGCGUCACUCCGGAGAUUCCCUGCGUGCAGCGGGGCUUCCGGGACAGCAGCAAGUUCAUAGAAGAGCCGGACCCCCCCCCGCGGCAGCAGCAGCAGCAGCAGCAGCAGCAGCAGCAGCAGCAGCAGCAGCAGGAGGCGCAGGGGGAGUCGUUUGGUGCUGCGCGUCGGCUGCAGCAAGGCCCCGGCCUGCUGGAGCUGAGCCGUCUGGUGAUAGCCUCUGCAGCAGCGUCGGCGGCGCCGCCGCGCUCCGCAGCAGCAGCAGCAGCAGCAGCAGCAGCAGCAGCAGCAGGAGAGGCAGUGCCCCCGAACGACCCCUUCUUCGCGGACCAGUGGAACCUGCAGGAAGCCGCGCCCUUCGGCAUCAACGCGGAAAAAGUCUGGAGACUCUGGACCGGCAGCAGCAGACCAAUGGUCAUCGCAGUGAUCGACAGCGGCUGCGACUUGAACCACCCGGAGCUGCAGCGCAGCAAGUGGACCAACCCCGCGGAAGUGUGUGGCGACGGAGUGGACAACGAUAACAACGGCUUUGUCGACGACUGCCACGGAUGGGACUUCGUGGGGAACAGCGGCGAACUGCGCCCGGACGCGUCGGGGCACGGCACCGGCGCGGCCGGCGUGGUGGGCUCCGCCGCAAACAACGCCGUGGGCCUCGCGGGCGUCUGCUGGGGCUGCCGCAUAAUGUGUUUGAAGUUCAUCGGCAACGGCCAGGGCACCGUGGCCAACCAGGUGCAGGCCAUCGACUACGCAGUCAAAAUGGGCGCCUGGAUCAGCAACAACUCCUACGGCGGCUACGGAAAGGCGGACUUGGAGUUCGAAGCGAUACAAAGAGCCCAACGCGCGGGCCACCUCUUUAUCUCCUCCGCAGGAAAUCAUAACCUCAACACGGACAUGCCAGCCAACGACCACACGCCCUCGACCUACCCGCUUUCCAACAUAUUGAGUGUAGGAGCUUUAACUCCUGAGGGCCGCCGCGCUGCCUUUUCGAAUUACGGUGUACGUACAGUGCACAUCUUCGCCCCAGGCACAGGGAUCCCGACGACGGACGGGGCUUCAGGGUUCUCGACGGUGAACGGGACUUCGUUUGCAUGCCCCCACGUGGCGGGAGCAGCAGGAUUGAUUUGGUCAGCUUUUCCGAAUUUGACUUAUUUGGAAGUCAAAAGGGCUUUGAUGGAAAGCUGCAGACAAACCAAAGCCCUCAAGGGCCUUGCUGCCUGCGGCGGCAGCCUCGACGUCUACGGCGCGCUCGUCCUCGCCGCACACAUCUCCAGCGGCAUCCCGCUAGACAAAUCUGCCCUUAGUCGUGCGACAGCGCAGCUGCCGCCACCGCCUGAAGCAGCAGUAGCAGCAGCAGAAACAAAAGGGGCCACUGAAGCGCCAACGCAGCAGCAGCAGCAGCAGCCGCAGCAGCAGCAGCAGCUGCAGCAGAAGCAGCAGAAAUUUGAACCCAGAAACCCCUCACCAGCAGCAGCAGCACUUACUGGGAUUCAAAACCUUCCUAGAGACCCCCUGACUCUGCUGUCCUCAGUGAUGUUUGCUCCCCUGCCGCUCGUCGACGAUAACAGCAGCAGCAGCAACAGCAGCAGCAACAGCAACAGCAACAGCAACAGCAACAGCAGCAACAGCAACAGCAGCAGCGGCAAAAGCAGGCCAGGCCGCUCCUCCUUGUUGUCUCUUCUGCCUCUAGGCCCCAGAGAAGAAGCUGCUCUUGACGAAGAUAGUUUGCAGCAGCAGCAGCAGCAACUGCAGCCAACAACAUCCAAUGCUGCUGCUGAACCAGCCAAGCACACUGAAGCCUUCAACUUGACGAUGUUCUCUCUGCAGCAGCAGCUGCUGCAUCCGCAGCAGCAAUUGCUGCAGCCCCAGCAAGCGUCGCAGCAACAACAGGAGCAGCAGCAGCUGCAGCAUCCGCAAAACCAGCUGCACCAGAUGCCCAAGCAGCAGCAGUUGCUGCAGCAGCAGCCGCUCAAGCAAACGCAGCUGCAGCAGCCGCAACUCCACCAAACACAACUGCAGCAGCAGUCACUUGAACAGCAGCAGCUGCAGCAGCCGCAGCUGCAGCAGCAGCAACUGCAGCAGCAGCUCCACCAGCAGUAUUUGCAGCAACUGCAGCUGCAGCAGCUGCCACAGCUGCAGCAGCAACAGCAGCAACUGCAGCAACAACAACUGCAGCAGCAACAACUGCAGCAGCAACAACUGCAGCAGCAACAACUGCAGCAGCAAAUCCCGCAGCAGCAACUGCAACAGCAGCAGCUGUCACAGCAGCAGCAACUGCAGCAGCAACAGAUGCAGCAGCCGCAGCUGCAGCAGUUGCUCUUCCGACAACCGCAGCCACUGCAGCAGCUGCUGCAGCAGCAGCAACUAAUGGCGCGGGAGCCACAGCUGCUACAGAUAGAGGCGCUAUCCAACGAGAAGCUGAACGAGGGGCUGCAGCAGCAGCAGCAACAGCCAAUGCUUCCGCAGCAACAACCACUGCUUCAGCAGCAGCAGCCGCUGCUGCAGCAGCAGCUGCUCCCGCAGCAGCAAUUGGUCUCGCAGCAGCAGCUACUUCCGAGCCAAAAGCUUUUGUUACAGCAACAGAAGUUGUUGCAACAGCAGCAGCUGCUUCAGCAACAGUUGCUACAGCAGCAGCAGCAAAUUGCAGCUGGAGUAUCCAUUGAGUCGGCUUCUCAGGAGCAGCAGCAGCUCCUGCAGCAGCACCAAUUAGUGAAGCAGCAGUUGCAGCAGCAGCAGCAGCAACUCGCAGCUUUACUAUCGAUUGAUUCAGCUUCUCAGGAACAGCAGCCUAUGUUGGAGUCCGACGUGCUGCAGGAGAAUCUGCUGCAGCAGCAGCGGCUGCUGCAGCUGCAGCAGCAAGAGCAGCAGAAAAAACUCCUACAGAUGCAACAGCAGCAGCUGCAGCUGCAGCAGCAGCUGCAGCAGCAGCAAUUAUUGCAGCAGCAGCAGCAGAAAGCAAGCCAUAUGAAAGCCCUGCGACAUGGCUCUCAAGCGCAGCAGCAGCCCCCGCAGAAGCAGCAGCAGCAGCAGCAGAAGUCGCAGCAGCAGCAGCAACUCAGUCUCCAGCAGCAGCUGCUGCAGCUCUGGAAGCAGCCGCAAGAACUUCUCUUCUCAGGUUCUUUGCCUUCCUCAGUCUUGCGUUUGCUGCCUUUUGCGGAGACCCCAGCCCAGGAGGGGCUAAGGAAGGGCAGCAGCAGCAGCAGCAGCAGCAGCAAAACAUUACUGCAGCUUGUUUAG